AUGCCGCGUUCGAGCCCGCCGCUCUCCGCGUCCCUCUUCAAUUCCCUCAUCGCAUCCCGCGCCCGCGCCGGUCGCGUGGUCGACGCCCUCUCGCUCCUCGCGCGCAUGCUCGCUGCCGGCGUCGCCCUGACCGCGUUCACCUUCGCACCGAUCCUCGCCUCGCCUUCCGCCACCGCCUGCUGUGCCGCGCAGCUGCACCCGCAUAUUCUCAAGAGCGGCCUGCUCCAUUGCGAGCCCUACUCGGGGACCUCGCUAGUGGGGUUCUUUGGGCGGAGAGGACAGUUCGACGAGGCGCUCAAGGUGUUCGGUGAAAUGACCGUGAGGAGCGUUGUCACCUGGAACUGUCUCAUCUCUUCGUUUGCACAGUUUGGACACAGCCGUGAUGCAGUGUCCUGGUUCAGGGAGCUCAUGAGAAGCGGCAAUGGCUUGUCAGAUGGCUCGUUUGUUGCAGUAUUGCCUUCGUUUGGUUUGCCAGAGCAAGUUCAUGGUGUAAUGAAGAAAAUCGGAAUGGAUUCCGUCUCAGCAGUUGCAAAUGCAUUGCUGAAUUCAUACUGUACUUGCGGUGCAAUAGAUGUGGCAGAGAAGCUAUUCGAUGAGAUAAUGUUUAGAGAUGUGGUUUGUUGGAAUACAAUGACAACUGGUUUUGCAAGGAGUCAUGUCCCAGAGAGAGCUUUUGAGCUUUUCUUGAGUAUGCAACGUCAGGGCAUUUUUCCAAAUGAAAUUACAUUUGCUAGUGUUCUCUAUGCUUGCACUGUUAUAGAUGGACACGAACUUGGGAGGGGGGAUGCUCAUAAAGUGCCUGAAGGGGUUCCUGGAAAUAGCACCACGUGUUGGAAUGCUCUGAUUUCUGGUCACUCUGGUUGUGAUGAUCCAACUUGUUUGGUUAUUGUGAGAGACAUGCUGCGAUCAGGGAUUAAACCAAAUGAAGUUACUUUUUCUUCAUCUCUCAAGGAUCCAUCACUUUUUGAUCUCCAGCAGCUGGCGUCUGUAACAAAGCUCGCAUGCACCAAGAAACUAAGGACCUACUUCUACAUAAGCAAGAUCGAGAUACUAUUUCAUGAAGCAUACUUAUUACUGCUUGCGCACGGAAUGAUGAGAAUUUUUGGGCACCGUUUCGAUAAUUAUGUAUCUGUGAGCCUGCUGAGCAUUUGUACCAAAAACAACAGCCUUUAUCUUGAUAUGUAUGCUAAAUGUGGUAGAAUUGAAGACUGUCUCAGAGUCUUUGACGAAAUGGAAGACAGGAACCUUAUAUCAUGGACAACUGCGAUUUCCGGACUUGGACUUAAUGGUUUUUCUCGUAAGGCCUUGGCAUUGUUUAAAGCCAUGGAAAAGGACGGCUGCAAACCUGACAAAGUAGCAAUUCUAGCAGUCCUGUCAUCUUGUAGACAUGGUAGACUUGUGCAGGAGGGGAUGGAGAUAUUCAAAAAUAUGAAAGCUGAUUAUUCAAUUGAAGCUGAUAUGGAGCAUUACAUUUGUGUGGUUGACAUGCUAUGCAAGUGUGGUUAUUUGAAGGAAGCUGAGGUCGUGAUUAGAGGCAUGCCUUUCCAACCAAGCACUGUCAUAUGGCGCACAUUCCUCCAAGGAUGCAAGACAUAUGGUGUAACAGAGGCACAAGUUUUUAGCCAGCAGUGGAUCAAAUAG